CAAAGGUCAAUUCAAAAAACUAUAAAACGUCAUAAUACGUCAAAAAAUGAUAAAAAAAUUAUGUAGAUAAAACUAAACGACUGGGUUAUUAAUUUCUCAUUCUCAUCUAAUUAUAAUACUUCCUUUAAAAACGCUUUUUAACAGCGAGGUAAUUCACUCAAUUCAAAAUCCAAGGUCGUUGUUAAGUGCACUCAAAAUAAAAGUCUAUUUAUCUCACACUCAUAAGUUUGAUUACUAUGAUUAAACAACCCCGUUCUCUUAUAAGAAGCUUAAAGUUCCUAUUGAACUCAACAAACCGAAGUAUGUCGUCUCAAACAAGUGAGGUUAUCGUGCAAGAAGUGAACGACAAAGGUGUUCUAGUGCUUAACAGGCCCAAGGCGUUGAACGCUCUCAACCUAUCCAUGAUCGAGACCAUCAAACCAGUAUUAAAAAAUUGGGAGAACAAGAAGUCUUUAGUGUUAAUUAAAAGUACGGGAGAGAAAUCAUUUUGUGCCGGCGGUGAUGUAAGAGCUGUGGCUGAGGCUGGUCUAAAAGGAGAAAAAACCUUGGGACAAAUCUUCUUCAAGACUGAGUAUUCUACGAAUGCUUUAAUCGGUUCCUAUAAAAUUCCUUAUGUUGCGUUUAUCGAUGGGAUCGUCAUGGGUGGAGGAGUUGGUUUGUCAGUACAUGGCAGAUAUAGGGUAGCUACAGAAAGGUCACUAUUUGCCAUGCCAGAAACACAGAUUGGAUUUUUCCCAGAUGUUGGGGGAUCACACUUCCUUCCUAGACUCUCAGGCAAGUUGGGAUGGUAUCUAGCACUAACAGGCCAAAGAUUAAAGGGAUCUGAUAUACUUAAAGCAGGAAUUGCUACUCAUAUUUGUGAUAGUAAAGAUCUUCCUCAGUUAGAAGAAGCCUUGUUAAAUAGCUGUACAACUGAUGCAGAUAUACAAAAUACUCUAAACAAGUUUUCCAAGAAGGAUAUACCACCAUUUUCAUUAGAACAAGUCAUAGAAAAAAUAGAUGAUUAUUUCUCAGCUCCUAGUAUGGAGGAAAUCGUAGCUAAAUUGGAAAGGGAUGACAGCAAAUGGGCACAAGAAACUUUAGCACUUUUAAGAAAAAUGUCUCCUACUAGUCUUAAAGUGUCUUUAAAAAUGUUGGAAUUAGGGCAACACUAUAACCUCGAUGACUGUCUUCACAUGGAAUACAAUAUGUGUUUGACCUUCUUGAAAAACAAUGAUUUCUAUGAAGGUGUCAGAGCUUUGUUAAUUGACAAAGACCAGAAACCCAACUGGAAGCCCAAGACAUUGGAAGAAGUCACUACCAAGAUAGUAGAUGAAUACUUUUAUGAUUUACCAAAACUGAAGAUCAAAAUGUGAGUUUUGUUUUUUCUAUUGUGCUCCAAAAUAUAUUAAUUAUGACUUCUUGUUAAUUAUGACUUCAUGAAAUGAUUUUGUUUAUAAUAAUCUAUUUUUGUACAAAUAAAUCUGUUUUUUACGAGUUUGUUAAACCUA